GGGAGGGCGUCAAAGGCAGGAAGCAAGCAACAGCCAGUGGAACAGAAAUGCAGGGAGUUUGAGGGUGAGGGUGAAAAACGGAGGCCUGCCGCCAAUGACAGGACGAACGGGAGCAAAGUGAGGUAAGAGAGAAAGAAGGGCAAGGAUCCAGAGGAAGAAAACACACCGGGAUAACAUCUGCGAGAGGAAGCAACACACCAGAGGUUGGGGUCAGAGUGAAGAAACAUGCAAGAGAAAGUUUAAAGACAGGACAGAUGAGAAAAACAUCUCCUGGUAAUGACAAGGCCGGGACACUUAAAGAAGGGACACAUCCUCUCGAGAGUACCCUUCUUGGGCCGCAGAAUGUUCUCCGAGACAAAAGGGGUCGGAGAGACACGCAUUCAACCCGCCACUUCAAGCCAACUACAAAAUGGAAUACAAAGACCUCAAGCGGACAUCCUUGCUUAUUUUGGGACUGGGGACCACGGAACGAACACCUGUGGACCAAAGCGGCAGAAUUCCCCCCUUAAUGGAUACACUGCCAGGAAACAUUUAGCUGUUCAGGGGGGUCAUGCACAGCUAGACAUGACUGGCCAGAUUUGUCAGACCAGCGUGCAGUUGAACCGGCCUCCAGGGACGGGGCUGCAACAUAACAGCGUCUCUGUGAACUACAGCUUGAGAGAAUGCAGCUUUGUGGUCCACCGGCACCAGACCGAGCCACACCCCUUCUUGAGGAAGUGUGCUCGAGACGCGCCAACACAGUUCAGAGGUCAUGGAAACUGUGGAGUGCCUGUUUGUGCAGCUGAGCAACAAUCGUGCUCUGUGCAAGGGGCCUUGCUUAUGGAACAACAUGCAUCAGACUGGACGGACGCAAGUGACACUCACAAUUCAACCUUUAAUAAGGAUGAAGAACUUUGUACUUCUAACAGACAGGGAACUUCACGUAGAUGUCUGGGACCUGUGAUGCAAGACUCAAACGGACCUAGUCUGGCAAAUCAAGUUUUGCUGUCUACCAAAGAUGUCGACAAGACCAAUUCGAACCCCCUUAAGUGUAAAGCAAAGGUGCCCCAAGGGGAUCUCAGUGGACCUGGAAGAGGGUCUUACGCUUUCAGCUCUAAGCAGUCGGAAAGAGCUAUUCGGGACCAGAUCCAAAGAGUUGUUGUGAAUCUUGAGGAGGUUCUACAUGGCCUGAAAGAGAUACAUCUGGAAAUGAAGGAGGUGGUCCAGAAGAUAGACCUUCUGACGGCCGAUAUUGAUAUGGACAACGAGAAACCGGGGGACCCUUUAAAAGGAUGCCACUCAGGAAAGAUACAAGGAGUCUGUUCUGACAAGUCAGCCCAUAAAACACCAACUCCAUCUUUGGCACCACCAGCAUAUCCCAUAAAAGAUCAAGGGCUGCAUGAUGCAGGUCAAAAACAGGAAUCAACUCAGGAGUUGGUAAUUUCUCAAAGACAUACAUCUGGGACCUCUUCAAGGCGCAGGAGCCAGAAGCCUCCACCUUACCCCUACGCCAGCACAAUGGGAAGAGUGAAUCCGAAAGCAAAAGACAAAGUUCAGAAGACGCCACCAUACCCAUUUAGACGGAGACUGCUCUCAACCAUUGUUUGAGCAGACUGUGGCUUCAGGGUACAACAUGGAGUAUUACACACUCUACAAGGUAUACCAUGUUACAGGCACCUUUGCGGUAAGUUUUGGCUUUAUUGGACCCGAUAACUCAGAGUGCAGCAGAAAUUGAUUGUACACAAAGUCUCUUAGAUCGCCGGUGAACCGUGUAAUACCUUUUCUCUUUAGGUCUAUAAAGAGGACAUGACAGAAACAUCAUGUACUAAUAAAUCUAGAGAGUGACAUGGGUGACUGGGGACCACUUCUUAGAAAUAGUGUACGUCAGAGGCAAGCCUAAGGUAGCGGGAGAUUAUUUCUAGCCUUAGAUGACAUCUGGAGCGGGACGCAAUCACAAUUCCAAUCUCCCAGCAACCCCCAUCUGUUAAAGGAUUAUUUUUUUUAUUGCUUUCCCAACUCUAGUCUAGUGUUUGAAGUCUUGCCUUAGCAAUAGGAUGUUCUCAGAUACAAGUCAUGAUAAUAUUUUAACAAAAACACAUUGCAGCAAUACUUCGUUUUCAAAUGUAGGCAUUUUUCAACAGGGAUUGAAAAGAAAAUGGGCGAACGGUUCUUUUUCAGCAUUUUGUCCCCCUUAUGUGUACUGCAUUGCUCAUUUCAAGCUUUUUCAACAUGUAGGACAGCAUAAAGCAUUUUCUGGCUUUAAUGUAUUUUUGUAAGUCUAAAUGCCAGAGAGUCUAAUGUGACUCUUUCGGUUCAAGACAUUAAUUUCCUGAACUGCUGACAAUGAGGAUUAUGACACGGUGCAGAUGCUCACAUGUACAUUUGUGGUACCGACAGUCCUUCUGCAGAGCUGAGUGGACAAAUCUCACAAUAUGACCAGAAUCUGCACAUAAAAGGAUCCUGCAGACUUCUUUCAAACACAUUUUAGUGUAAUAGAAGUUAAUGCGGCAGAAUUAUACAGAUU